GGCGGGGUGAAAGGUCACAACGCGGCGGCGAGUCUGGCUGGCGGCGGCGGCGGGCGGGAGCCGAGUACCCCGUGUGCACGUGUGGAGAAGCGGCAGUACCAGCCCGCCGACUGGAGACGCUCCCGCUCCGUCCCGAGACGCAGAGCCGCGCUCCACUCUCGCGGCCUUCGUCACCAGCUCAGUUCCCUGCCCUAAGCUGGGAGGUCGGCUAGUAGGGUUGAGUGGCCCAAGCUGAGGACACUGAGAGCUCUCAGGUCGGAGACGACGACGGCGUUGAUAGCGGUGGUAACAACGGCCUCAGCAGGAGGGGAAGAUGAAAGGUAGCCGGAUCGAGCUGGGAGAUGUAACACCACACAAUAUUAAGCAGCUGAAGAGAUUAAACCAGGUCAUCUUUCCAGUCAGCUAUAAUGACAAGUUCUACAAAGAUGUGCUGGAGGUUGGCGAGCUAGCAAAACUUGCCUAUUUCAAUGAUAUUGCAGUAGGUGCAGUAUGCUGUAGGGUGGAUCAUUCACAGAAUCAGAAGAGACUUUACAUCAUGACACUAGGAUGCCUGGCACCAUACCGAAGGCUAGGAAUAGGAACUAAAAUGUUAAAUCAUGUCUUAAACAUCUGUGAAAAAGACGGCACUUUUGACAACAUCUAUCUGCAUGUCCAGAUCAGCAAUGAAUCAGCAAUUGAUUUCUACAGGAAGUUUGGCUUUGAGAUUAUUGAGACCAAGAAGAACUACUAUAAAAGGAUAGAGCCUGCAGAUGCUCAUGUGCUGCAGAAAAACCUCAAAGUCCCUUCUGGCCAGAAUGCAGACAUGCAAAAGACAGACAACUGAACACAUUACAAAUGGACUUCCUUGCACUUGCUUGUCGCCAAAUAAAAAAGAGGCCCAUUGAUUCCCAACCCACUCCUCCUGCCCCCCAGUUUCUUUUAAAGCUUUUCCCACUCUUGUUCUUGUUUUUCCUUCCCUUCUAAAAGUUUUAAUACUUUCGAGGACUUUCAAAAUUAAUCAUGUUUGGAUUGUUUUAGUUCUCUCAUUGUUGUGAGGUGGGUUGAUUAUAGGAAGGAGACUAUAUAAAUCUGUUUAGUUUCACAGUUAUGAUAUUUGGUCCCAAAAAUUUGGGUAUUAAUUUCAGUUUAUUUUUAGCUUGUUUUUAUGUCCUGCUUUCACAUUGAAGUGCAGAGCCUACAAAAUGUUGUAUAUAUCAAAAUACAAAAAAGCAGCAGCAAUAUCUUGUUCUCUAAUCAUAGACAAGUUUAGUGUGUUUGUGGUACUUUGGGUUUCUCAAGACUGUUUGUGGGAUACUAAUCCCCAGACAUUGCCUUCAACUCCACCUUUUGUCCUUCUAAGUACUAUCUCAGGAGUUGGACCAUUGUUAUCCUUGUAAGAAAUAC